CGCGGCGAGUAGGUCGACUGGGUCACGCACAAAAACGAGCGCGACUACGACUAGCGCUACACAACUACGCGGGCAGCAGCCAGCGCGAUACCAAACACUCAAGACUCACUGAAAUCACGUCUCGCGGUAUACGACCGCCGAUCGCCGCAUCCAAAUCCUUCGUAUUUAGUAUUUAUUUACCUAUCGCUGGUGCUAAUUAACCAUGGCGUACUGUAUGCGAGUUUUGCAUCGCCAGGGUAGCCAGCUGAACGCCAUCGUCUUAAGCGAUGUCCAGGCGCGUUGCUUUCACGUGUCGCCGCUUGCCGCCGCCGCUGGUAAGGUGGCGAUGAGCAAAUUCGACAACUCCAGCUACAUGCCCUAUGACCGCUUGUCGCAGAACCUUUCUGUGGUGAAAAAACGCCUUAACAGGCCGCUCACACUCUCCGAAAAGGUGCUAUACUCCCACAUCGAUGACCCCAAAGGCCAGGACAUUGAACGAGGCACGUCCUAUCUGCGAUUGCGGCCGGACCGUGUUGCCAUGCAAGAUGCAACGGCCCAAAUGGCAAUGCUGCAGUUUAUCUCCAGCGGACUGAAACGCGUCGCGGUGCCCAGCACCAUUCACUGCGAUCACUUGAUUGAGGCCCAAGUUGGCGGUUCCAAGGAUUUGAAACGCGCGAAGGACCUCAACCAGGAAGUGUACAACUUCUUGGCGACGGCAGGCGCUAAAUAUGGCGUUGGUUUCUGGAAGCCAGGCUCCGGAAUCAUCCAUCAGAUCAUUUUGGAGAAUUAUGCCUUCCCUGGUCUGCUUAUGAUCGGUACCGACUCGCACACGCCGAAUGGCGGCGGUCUUGGCGGUUUGUGCAUUGGUGUGGGCGGCGCUGAUGCCGUCGACGUGAUGGCCGACAUUCCAUGGGAAUUGAAGUGCCCGAAUGUGAUCGGAGUCAAGCUCACCGGCAAGUUGUCCGGAUGGACAUCCCCGAAGGAUAUCAUCCUUAAGGUUGCUGGUAUUCUCACCGUCAAGGGUGGUACCGGCGCCAUUGUUGAAUACCACGGACCUGGCGUCGAUUCAAUCUCCUGCACCGGUAUGGCGACCAUCUGCAACAUGGGUGCUGAAAUCGGCGCUACCACAUCGCUCUUCCCCUACAACAGGCGCAUGCGUGAUUACUUAGUUGCGACUACACGCAAACCCAUUGCUGAGGAAGCCGACAAGUAUCAGAAAGAGUUGUUAACCGCCGACGAUGGUUGCAAAUACGACCAAUUGAUCGAAAUCGACCUCAGUACCUUGGAGCCGCAUGUCAAUGGACCUUUCACCCCCGAUUUGGCGCAUCCCAUUGGCGAAUUGGGCAAAAACGCGAAGAAAGCCAACUGGCCCAUGGAUAUCAGGGUUGGCUUAAUUGGUUCUUGUACCAAUAGUUCCUAUGAAGAUAUGGGUAGAUGUGCUAGUAUUGCAAAGGAAGCCAUGGCCCAUGGUUUGAAAUCAAAGAUUCCCUUCAAUGUUACUCCCGGAUCCGAGCAGAUUCGCGCCACCAUCGAACGUGAUGGCAUUUCGAAGAUCUUCGAUGAUUUUGGAGGCACUGUGUUGGCUAAUGCGUGCGGGCCAUGCAUUGGUCAAUGGGAUCGUCAGGAUGUUAAGAAGGGCGAGAAGAACACCAUUGUCACGUCGUACAAUCGUAACUUUACCGGACGUAAUGACGCUAAUCCUGCUACUCACUGCUUUGUAACUUCUCCGGAAAUGACCACCGCGUUGAGUAUUGCUGGUACAUUGGACUUUGAUCCAACUAGGGACGAACUUACCGGUGCCGAUGGUAAGAAGUUCAAGCUCACGCCUCCACAUGGUGAUGAGUUGCCCACCAAGGGUUUCGAUCCUGGUCAGGAUACCUACACCCAUCCACCUGCUGACGGCAGCAGUACUAAAGUCGACGUUGAUGUAAAGUCGCAGCGUUUGCAACUGCUUGCUCCGUUUGACAAGUGGAACGGUAAGGAUCUCGUGGACAUGACAAUCCUUAUCAAAGUGAAGGGCAAGUGCACCACUGAUCACAUCUCCGCCGCUGGACCAUGGUUGAAAUAUCGUGGCCAUUUGGAUAACAUCUCGAACAAUAUGUUCAUUGGAGCCACUAAUUCCGAGAACAAUGAGAUGAACAAGAUCAAGAACCAGUUGACCAAUGACUGGGGCGCAGUGCCCGACGUCGCCCGCCAUUACAAGGCAAAUGGCGUCAAUUGGGUCGCCGUUGGCGAUGAGAACUACGGCGAGGGCAGCUCUCGCGAACAUGCCGCGCUCGAGCCGCGUCAUCUUGGUGGACGCGCGAUUAUCGUCAAGUCGUUUGCGCGCAUCCACGAGACCAACCUGAAGAAGCAAGGGCUCUUGCCGCUGACAUUCGCCAACGCUGCCGAUUAUGAUAAGAUUCAACCAACUGACAAGAUCAGUUUGAUUGGUCUGAGCGGUCUCGCGCCCGGCAAGCCUGUCGAUUGUGAGAUUAAACACGCCGAUGGUAAAGUCGACAAGAUCAAGCUGAACCACACGAUGAACGACCUGCAGAUCACUUGGUUCCGUGCCGGCAGCGCCCUCAAUCGCAUGAAGGAGUUGGCGAAGUAAGCGGUGACCCACAAACGUUCAUCAGUAAUCAAAAUCGCUUGUAAAUUACGAAUUACUUAAAAACCGAUUUACCUAGAUAGGAUUUCUACUGAAUGUUUUAUUUUUAAGUAAUUGAGCAAAAUAGUAUUUGUAGUCACACACACACGAAUCAUGUUGAAUCGUCACCGAUGAUUGAGAACAUGACUUUCCGGCAUGCAUUUUUAUACACUACUUUAAAACGAGCGCAGGAAAGUACACAUUUUAAUGAAAUUAUACAUUGUACAUAAUAUUAAAAUAAAGUAAUUGCUCCUAUAUUACCAACAA